GUCGCGGGAUAGAGCGCCGGAGGAGGGAAGCUCCCGGCUUUGGGCGGCUGGUCUCGGAAGCGGUCACGUCCCCUUUCAUCCGAUCCAGAGAUGAAUUCGCUGGAACAAGCGGAAGAUCUCAAGGCUUUUGAAAGAAGACUAACUGAAUACAUAGCUUGUUUACAACCAGCUACUGGACGCUGGAGAAUAAUUCUUAUAGUGGUAUCAGUCUGUACAGCCACUGGUGCUUGGAACUGGUUAAUAGAUCCUGAAACACAGAAGGUAUCCUUUUUCACAUCUCUAUGGAAUCAUCCAUUCUUCACCAUUAGCUGUAUUACAUUAAUUGGUUUAUUUUUUGCUGGAAUACAUAAAAGAGUAGUGGCGCCGUCAAUCAUAGCCGCUCGAUGUCGAACUGUUUUGGCGGAAUACAACAUGUCGUGCGACGACACUGGAAAAUUAAUCUUGAAACCUCGGCUCCACGUCCAAUAACCCAUAGCCUUUGUGCAGAGGAUUGUGGAAUUACACACACCAUUUUGUUUCUUCACUACAACGAGGCCAAAGGAGACCGAGAAAGAGGUGUGUCUUCAACCUUUGAUGGAAAGGCGGGCAAAACGUCUGACGUCUCCACAGCUUUUCUGCCCGAACUCUGUGUUACCGAUUUCUCCUAGGACAGUAUUACCAUUUCCUCAUCUCUCAUGGCGAGGGGGUGCCGAGGCAGCCUCUUCCAGAAACUCGUCUGCGUUUACCACACGCAAGUAAUUGUAAAUAGAAAACGGCGACAGUGUUUUUACUGCCACUCGCCGCAACGUUGUUGCUUUUUUUAACCAGCGCGUGUGUUUGUGGAUUGCGAGCCUUUCACUCCCUUCCAUGUCUGUGGUCCCGAUGUGUUGACAGGUCACAUCCAGAGUUCGUCGUGGUUUAUUCGAUGAAUGAGUUGACACGUUGCCUAAUGUUUCACAGUUGGGUCUUUCCUUGUGACAGCAGCAACCUCAACCUCCUGGAACUUAUCAGCAGAACGUUACAUCCGGGUUGCCAUUUUGAGCUUCCCACAACUCUGCAAAUACUGUACGGUGUAAAGUUGUUUUCCUUUUUGGCUCUUGUUUGGACCCAGACGAUGGGAGAGAGGCUCGAGAGUCACAUUUUACAUUUUCUUCUUAAUAAUUAUAAAUAUUUGGCCUCCCGCAUGUUUGAAGAAAGCAGAGGGGAAAAAAAUGACAGAACAUCCCACACAAAUACCUUGUGCCGGAUCAAGAAGCAGAUUUUUGUUUUUAGUCCUAAUUUUUCGCUUUGUGCAACCUUUGAUCUGCUCUGUUCUCCACAGCUUGCUGUUUUUCGCUCUUCCUCCUCCUGAGUUAUCCUUUUUCUCUCUCUCUGGAU